AGCUCUGAUGAGAAGUAGAUUGCUGAGAGAAAAUGGACGCUUUUUGCCAAGAAAGUCCUUCAUUAUGAGGAAACACUACUUCAAUGAUGAGGAGACUGGAUUUUUCAAGACUCAGAAGAGAGAAGGUCCCCCUCAAAACCCAAUGACAGACCCGUCUAUGAUGACAGACAUGUUGAAAGGAAACCUAACCAAUAUCUUACCAAUGAUUGUCAUUGGUGGAUGGAUCAACUGGACCUUUUCUGGCUUUGUCAUUACCAAGGUUCCAUUUCCUCUUACAUUGCGAUUCAAACCAAUGUUACAAAGAGGAGUAGAGCUUGCAUCCCUUGAUGCCUCAUGGGUUUCAUCAGCCAGCUGGUACUUCUUGAAUGUCUUUGGUCUCAGGAGUGUCUAUUCUCUUAUUUUGGGAGAAAAUAAUGCUGCAGAUCAAGCUCGUCUGAUGCAGCAGCAGAUGAAUCAGGGUAUGGCUAUGGCUCCAGACCCAACCAAAGCAUUUAAGGGGGAGUGGGAAGCUCUUGAAAUUGCUGAGCAUCGCUGGGCUAUGCAGAACGUAGAAGAGGAGUUAAUAGGCAGGACACCUAUGCCAGAGGAUAUCUAUGUUAAAGAUAAAUAUAUUUGACCUGCAAAUAUGUUCAUGUUACUGCACUGUAUACCUGCUCAGUGUUAGUGCUUUUUUUUUGGGGGGGGGGGCUGGGCUUUCUGCAUGAAUAAUGAUAGAUGAUUUGUGCAAUGACAUUGUAAUUAGAUUAGCUUACAGACCAUUUAAUCGUAUUGUGUUUUUUUUUUUUGGGGGGGAGCUAAUAUGUUAGGACACUAAACAGGUUUGUGUUAUCAAUGAAUAUUCAGUUCAAUUCAUAUGUAAUCUUCUACACACCUGGUGGUUGUUUUAUAAAGCUUAUCAUAAGUGACAAGUGGCUUUAUGAACGACUAGCGAUCCUUUCUUGUGGUAAAUGAUACACGCAAGAUUUCUAUUGGCGAUGAUUUAGUUUCUAAGAACGGAUCACCAGUCAUUUGUAAAGUUGCUCGUAACUUACAAAAUGAAACACGCACAUGAUUUAUAAUAGUGUACAGAUUGGUCAUUAUUCCUGUUUAAAGUUGAAAAUUUUGUGUUUGCAUUAUUAUGUUGAAACAAUCAUUUUCAUUGGAUUCAAUAUUCUUGAAUGAUGAAAAAAUUCUCAUUAGUUGGGAUUGACAUUUCCCAAGAGUAAAUUUGAAGUUUGGCUGCCUAUAAGAACUGACCAUGCCACACUGGAUACUAUUGUAGGUGCUUUAGGUAUUCCUGUAUUUCAUUUGAUUUCAAGGCAUUACUAUGCAGUAGAAAUAUCGCAUAUGGAAUUCAUGAGAACUAAUUAAAAUUCUAAUUUUUAGCAGUGAGCUUGUAUCGGGGUUACAUGAGGUAUUAGGAGCUUUGACGAGGUACAUUGCCGUGAACCAGGAACAUUAUUGCUGAAAUGUGAGCCUAAAAUUGCACAAGACUUAGAAUAAACAUGUCUGUAUUUCAAAUGAUUUCAACUAAAUUCCUGUUAAUCAUAUACUUUGCACUGAGAAUAUGUGUGAUGAAUAGGACUGUUGAAUAAUAUCUACAUAUUUUAGUUUAUACACAAUUUAAAAAGAUUGAAAAACCCCAAUGGCCUGCCAUAUACCAGGUCUAUGUGGUGUCAUUUCUUAGGUCUCUUCAAAAGAGCCUAAUGUUCCAUUGCAUGUAGUGUAAAAGGUACAAUAGACAUGUAAUGACACUUUGACUCAAAGUAUAUUUGAUGAGAUGAAAAUCUCUGGACAAGACUGACUGUUUACAGCUCUUUAUAAAUAUUGAAGGAUAUCUGACUUUAAAAUGUGAUCUGUCUCGUCUCACGGUGUUGUCUUUAAUAUUAUGUGUGAUAAAUUUAAAGCACAGUGCAUUGGUGUCAUCAAAGUAAGUACAGUGUGACAAUAUUUGAUCUGAAUUUAUUAUCCAUUGAGAUAGGCUCUGUGAUUGAAUAAAUUGCAUAUUGGAUACAAUUCAA